AUGGCUGGAACUCCCGCCCCAUGGCCUCUUCUGGAAGCCGAAGAAGAGGUUGAGCUUCACAAGUCGCGCCUCCUCAAUGUUGAGGAAAAGCACUUCAAGCGCAUCCAAAAGCGUGUAAACACUAUAUCACAACUCUUGUUAUCCCCCGAAACUACAGCCAACCCUCCGGAAGAUCUGAAGCCCAGACUUAGGGAGCUUAAGGAGGAAGUGAACAUCGACGUGCUUGCUUUCGGCCACAGCAUUAGUCGCAUGCAAAAUAUUCACAAUUCCAAUGCUCAGGAGCGUGAACGCUACAAGGAAGACCAGCAUCGCAUCCUCAACGAAGGCAAAAAUGUCAAAGAAACCAACUCCCAACUCAAAGAACAGCUCAAGGUUGCACAAGCUACUCUUGCGCAGCGCAAAAAGUUCGACGAAUUAGCAGAGAAGAUCACGUCAAAUCGCCUGCUCAAGCCGCGCGAAGACCAAAUUACUAAUUUGGCUAAACUCGAGGAGGAAUGCCGAGAGCUCGAGCGAGAAAGCGAAACUUAUAGCGAGACAUGGAAGGAGCGACGAGAGCAAUUCAACAGGAUCAUGGAGGAAGGCAUGCUUUUGAGACGACAGAUUCGCGAUGAGAAGGAAGAGGUCGAUCGCAGAGAGGGUAUGAAUGAGGGUGCUGAGGAUGAUGUCGAGGCGGAUAAGGUCGGACAAACACCCAGAAACGAACCCAGCGGCAACGCGACGCCUCAUCCAGACGGAGACAGCCAGAUGAAGGUGGAUGGGGAUGCCGGCACACCAAACCCGGAAGCUCUCAAUGGUGGAAGAACACCAAUGCGAGAUACACCAGGACCAGACACAUUGAAACCACAAGACAACCGUGCUGCCUCUCGUGGAGAUAGCCAAGCGCCCAGCCGAGACGUUUCACCCAUGCCGCCAAACGACAAAGAAAAGGCGGAGUCGGGAGACGACGUUGACAUGGAGGACUCUGAGGCCAGUCGAGCAAAUGACGAUGGGGGAGCAACACCGCUGGUGACUAUUGAACCGCCUGAAGGAAACGAGGACAAGAUGGAAGUGGACAAUUAA